UUUCCUUUUCGCAAAUAAGUACAACCACAAGGGGGAGCACGAAACGUGCAAUUUUUUAUAUUUAGAUUUUUUUACUUCUGUAUACGUUUUUGAGCGAAUAAAAUUUAAUAAUGCCACAAAACGAACAUAUAGAGCUUCAUCGCAAGCGCCAUGGCUACAGACUUGACUACCAUGAGAAGAAAAGGAAGAAAGAAGGCAGGAAACCUCAUGAAAUGGCAAAAAAAGCAAAGAAGUUGCGAGGUAUUAAAGCUAAGCUGUACAACAAACAAAGACACUCAGAGAAGAUUCAGAUGAAAAAGACCAUAAAAAUGCAUGAAGAGAGGAAGACCAAGCAGAAGAGUGAUGAGAAUGUGCCAGAAGGUGCGGUGCCCGCAUACUUGCUUGACCGUGAAGGGCAGAGCAGGGCCAAGGUCCUCUCUAACAUGAUCAAGCAGAAACGCAAGGAAAAGGCUGGUAAAUGGGAGGUCCCACUGCCAAAGGUUAAAGGUAUCAGUGAAAACGAGGUGUUCAAAAUCAUCAAAACAGGAAAAACUAGAAGAAAGGGCUGGAAGAGGAUGGUUACCAAAGCUUGCUAUGUUGGGGAAGGUUUUACAAGAAAACCUCCAAAGUUUGAACGCUUCAUCAGGCCAAUGGGUCUGCGCUACAAGAAGGCCCAUGUGACUCACCCUGAACUAAAGGCCACUUUCCAUCUGCCCAUCAUUGGUGUAAAGAAGAACCCGACAUCACCUCUCUACACUUCACUGGGCGUCCUCACAAAGGGCACUAUUAUAGAGGUGAACAUCAGCGAGCUGGGGCUCGUCACUCAGGGAGGAAAGGUGGUCUGGGGUAAAUAUGCACAAGUUACCAACACCCCAGAAAAUGAUGGCUGUAUAAAUGCAGUGUUGUUGGUAUAGGGACAGGUUUCUUAACGCCAUGGAACUGUGAUGCUUCUACUGUCAUUUUGACCUGAUACAUUGAGUGACCUGUAUCUACAUUGAAUAAUAUGUGUUCAUUGCCAUUUGCACAUAUUUUGCACCCCCUUUGAUGUGUAAUGAUACAAGUUAAUAGAUGUAAAAUGAAUUGACUAAACUUCAUCUAUUCGCAUUAUCUGGAAAACAUUUCCUUGUAUUGUUACAUAUGGUCGUUACUUGGUUCAGGUAAUAAAUGCUGAAUCUCUU